AUGGCGCCGAAGAAACGCACCUCAGGCGGAGGUGAGCCCAAGAGUAAAGCGGCAAAGAAGGCGAGUGAGGGCAUCACUCCGAUUGCAGCAGAUUCCAUGGCUCUCCCACAUCUCACCAUCUUUCAAGAGAAAGAACACUUGGAGAAGCAUAACAAGACAUUGGAUGUCUUCCUCUCGGAGAACCUGGCUGACGAGGAGGUCCAAUCGAAUCUCGCUUUGCUGAUUCUUCUCAACGGCUUUAUGAGCAAUGCUGACGUGCCCGGUGUGGAAAAGCUCACCAUGACUGUGGUUCAAAGUGCUUGGUUGCAGUCGCCAGCGAACAGGUUGAGGAUGCAGGAAGACUUGGGGAUGGAGGACAGCGUGAACCUGCUAGUUUUGAAAUUUGAAUGUCUCUACCAGACCUAUGAGAAUGCCUCCCAAGUGGCCAGCGUGUACUCUCUCGGCAAGCAAGAGAGCAUGGCGGCCGUUGCCCUGAUGCAUCGGGUGCCAAGGGCCACCAAGGAUGCACUCACCCUGAUGGUGAGGCUGUCGCAGCAGCUCUUGCAGACCACCAUGGAACAGCUGAAGCUUUCGAUAGAAGCUGACAUGCUGAAACUUCGGCAAUGGAUGGGGCGCUGGGAUGUCUUUGCUGGUCAACAGGGGAUGCUGGGCGUCAAGUACAUGGAGGACCGCUAUUUGAGAGGCAAAGCUGUUUGCGCAGACUUCAUGGAGCAAAAGCACAAGCUGAUGUGCUUCAACCACCUGAAUCUGGGUCACGCGGCCAUUGUCAGCAUGCAGUCACAGAUGGGGCCUGACGGGAUCACCAUCAUCGUGCUGGAUACCACCUUUCUCAUGAAUUCCUACGAAGUUUCCCUGAACUAUGCGCCGCCAGAGCACGAGGGAGACAGGUUUGCAGCUCUGUAUCACGCAGACCAAGCUGGUGAGCACGUCAACUGCAAGGAAACCAUCACCGGUCUCGCCAUGUCUGAAUACUGGGAUGUUUCGGAGCAAGCAGGGUCAAAGUCGAGGGGCCGUGCUGUAUUUGGUGAGUCCAUUCCCAGCCUGGAAUCUUUGGCUGUGGUCGACGGGGAAGUGAAGACCCUCAACAGCAACAAGAUUCCAGAAAUGGUGAUGCAAAAGCUGAAUGGUCAACCGGAAUUCUUGAAGCGGAUCUUGGAAGACAUGCAGUCCCUGGCCACGCCUGAGUGGGGCACUGAAGGGCCGUGGAACUUCCGUCGGAAAUUGACUUCUCUGGAAUCGCUGCCAGCUGUUGACUUCGAGCUGGCUGGCAUGGCAGCAGUUGCUGGCAAGCCAGAGCUUUUCGUGGUGAUCACCAGGACCAACAACAUCUGGCUCAUCAACAGGGCCGAAUCGGAUUGCGAGCUUUCGGCUAUGGAGAUCUUUGGCUUCAACACGGGGACAUAUGUGGAGGACAGUACGCUGAUCGCAUUGGCUGACUCAAAGCAGCUCACCACCGUCGCGGACCUUGUUUGCAAAGUGGCUAGCGAUCGAGGGGUGAUGGAAGUGAGAGUGGUUGACCACACUCUUCAACCAAAGGUGCAGGCGGAUGCUGCUGGCCUUCAGAAAACGCUCCAGUACAGGUACCAGGUCACCCCUUCGGCUCAAGUCAACAGUUUCAAGCCCAAGGAGAUUGCGGGAGAUGACAGAAUGAACCUUCGCCCGCAAGUGCUCGGGGCUGUGUUGCAGGGCCGUUUCACUGACAUCCAACGUUGCAGCCACUGCGGGAUCGUGUGGGAGGCUGGGUUGGAAACACUUAGCAGCAGUUAG